UUCCAAAGCACCCUCUCUAUUAUAUUUUUUUUUAAAAGACCCCUGUUAACUUCCCCUUUUAUUCGUACGGAGUUUUCGAAAAAGUUAUUCUUUUCUAUAAUCUUUGCACUGCAUUACUACUGCUGCUACUGUGUUCACGAUUACUUCCUUCGAGGGUAAGAAAACCCUUUUCGUUUCUUGAAUAAUUGAUGAACAAUAAGUAGUAAAAAACACAUUUUUAUGUUUGUAAUGGAAAAAUAUCAUCUGGGUAAGAAAAGGGUAGCUGAUCAGAUGGGUUUUUCAUGGUCUGCUGAUGAUGACAUUUUGAAUGAGGACCUCUAUGAACAUCAGGGGAUAAUGGAAAUAGAUCAUUUGGGGAAGACAAAAGAAGCAGGUCAGCAUCAUAAUCCUAGGUUUGAGCAGAUGGUCUUUUCAUGGUCUCUUGAGGAUAUUCUGGAUGAGGACCUCUAUAAAAACCAGGUGGAGAAAAUACCACCUACUUUUCACUCCGAAGCACACUAUGUUGGUUCUUUUGUUUAUCCUCUGCUGGAGGAAACACGUGCCGAGUUGGCGUCAACUAUGGAGACCAUGUACAAAGCUCCAUACGCUGAACUUUUCUCUUUAAAUGUGGCUAAGGGCCGUGGAAAAUUUUCGUAUGAUGUCACCGUUAAUAAUUGGCGUAACAGAACUAGUGAACGUGGCAAAGAGCCUUACCGGACAUUACCCGGUGAUCUGCUUAUUCUAGCGGAUGGAAAACCCGAAUCUGUUCCUGACUUGCAGCGUGAGGGACGGACAUGGUAUUUUUCGUUGGUAUACCAAAUAAGUCAGGAUGAUGAUGAAGAAGAUAGUACAUCGCUACGUUUUAAAGUUAAAGCUUCACAAGAAAUAGAAUUUCAAGACGGUAUGUUUGUUGUUUACUUGACGAAUAUAACAACCAACAAAAGAAUCUGGAACUCAUUGCACAUGCACCGGAAUAUGAAUAUUAUCAAAGAGGUUCUUUACACAGAUUCCAUGGUUAAAGAAUGCUGCAAUAUCUGUCCUUUCGAUGGCAAUUUUUCUCAGGAGUUUGAUUCAGAUCUUUUUGAUAAGCUGAAUGAAUCGCAGGUGGGGGCCAUUAGGGCAGCUCUUAGUAAAACCGAAUGUUGCCAUGGUUCUUUUGUGGAGCAGAUAUGGGGCCCACCGGGGACAGGAAAAACGACAACUGUAAGUGUGUUGUUGUUUAUACUCUUGCAAAUGAACCGUAGGACACUUACGUGUUCUCCAACGAAUGUUGCUAUAGUACAAGUAGCUUCACGUGUGCUUAAUCUGUUAAAGCGAUCGUCUAAUACUAGAACGGAAAGUGGAGAGUUCUUUUAUUGUAUUGGAGACGUACUUCUGUUUGGGAACAAACAGAGGUUAAAAGUCGGUACCCAGGUUGAAGAAAUCUAUCUUGAAAAUCGAGUUAAGAGGCUUACAGAGUGCCUUGGGACUUUGACUGGUUGGCAGCAUUGCAUACGAUCUAUGGUUGAUUUACUUGAAGAUUGUGUUUCUAAGUAUCACGUUUAUGUGGAAAAUGAAUUGUUCAAAGAAAAACAACUUGCAGCUGAAAAUGAAAAUCAAAAUCAAAAUGAAACUAAAGCUACCAAGUUGGAAGUAAAAUCAUUUAUUAAGUUCAUGCGUGAUUCAUUCAAUGCGUGCGUAUCGCCACUAAGGAGAUGCAUACUAACGUUUCUAACUCACAUUCCAAAAAGUUUUCUAACGGAGCGCAAUUUCCAAACAAUGGUAUCUCUUUUAGAUGAUUUAAAUAACUUUAAAUCACAAUUGUUUGAAGAGAGUUUGGUUUCUGAAGAGCUUGAGCGGCUUUUUACUUCUAAACCAUUGCAAAGCGAUCUUGAUAAGUCGGGCGAUAUGUCAUCAAUCAAUUUGGUUAGAGCAAAGUCUCUAUCUGUUCUAAAAGCUUUGCAAAAAUCUCUUGAAGGACUUGAUCUUCCAACUGCUUUGAACAUAUUUGCAAUAACGGACUUUUGUUUUAAAAACGCUUCUCUUAUAUUCUGCACAACUUCUACUUCUUUCAAGUUGCAUGAUGCUAAAAUAAAGCCGUUGGAGAUCUUGGUGAUCGAUGAAGCUGCACAGUUAAAAGAAGCGGAAUCUACCAUUCCGCUUCAGCUUCCCGGCAUGAAACAUGCUAUUCUCAUUGGAGACGAGAAACAGUUACCAGCAAUGGUUUCCAGCAAUAUAUGUGAAGAAGCUGGCUUUGGAAGAAGUCUGUUUAGCAGACUGAGUUCUUUGGGGCAUUCUAAGCACUUACUUGAUGUUCAGUACCGAAUGCAUCCUUCCAUAAGCUCUUUUCCAAAUUGGAAAUUCUAUCAGAAUCAUAUUUUGGAUGCUGAAAAUGUGACAUGUAAAAGUUAUGAAAGACGAUAUCUUUCGGGACCAAUGUUUGGUCCGUAUUCGUUUAUAAAUGUUGUUGGUGGAAGAGAAGAAAAAGAUGACGAAGAACGAAGCCGGAGAAACUUGGUUGAGGUUGCUUUAGUGAUUAAGAUCGUUCAAAAUCUUUAUAAAGCAUGGGAGAACUCAAAGAAGAACCUUACUAUCGGCGUUGUAUCUCCUUAUGCUGCACAAGUUGUUUCCAUUCAAGAUAAACUUGCUAAAAAGUAUGAGAAACUUGAUGGAUUUUCCGUAAAGGUGAAAACUAUUGAUGGGUUUCAAGGUGGAGAAGAAGAUAUCAUUAUCUUAUCAACAGUAAGAUCUAAUAGCCAUGGAAAUGUUGGUUUCUUAUCUAGUCCUCAAAGGACCAAUGUAGCCUUGACCAGGGCACGACAUUGUCUCUGGAUAUUGGGAAAUGAAAGAACCCUCACGAAUAGUGAAUGUGAAUGGAACGAAUUAGUCUGCGAUGCAAGGAACCGCAAUUGUUUGUUUGAUGCUGAUGCUGAUGAAUGCUUGAAGUCGACAAUCAUAGCUGCAAAGAAAGAGUUAGACCAACUCGAUGACCUGGUUCACGGCAACAGCGUUCUUUUUAAACAUACAAAAUGGAAGGUUCUCUUUAGUGAUGAUUUCAGAAAAUCUUUCGGAAAAUUGACAUUUGCUCGCUUGAAAAAGGUGGUUAUAAAUCUUUUACUGAAACUUUCUGGUGGUUGGCGGCCCAAGAACACAAGUGUAGACGUGUGCUGCGAAAAAUCUUCACAAAUUCUUAAAAAGUUUAAGGUUGAAGGUCUGUAUGUCGUUUGCUCAGUUGACAUUAUCAAGGAAGUAAAAUACAUACAAGUUCUCAAGGUUUGGGAUAUAUUACCUUUGGAGGAAAUUCCCAAACUUACAAAACGUCUGGAGGGCAUCUUUUCCGCCUAUACAGAUGAUUAUAUUAGUCGUUGCACAGCAAAAUCUUUGGAAGGGGAUUUUGAAGUUCCUAGGAGUUGGCCGGCUUCCCAAGAAUUAAUCAGAUUUCAUACGUUAAACAAUUGUGACGGUGACAGUGAAGCGACUGUUAGUGCUGGUGAUGGAAGAAGUUAUGUUGAAAACUCGAAAGUUAGUGAAAGCUUAUUGCUCAUGAAGUUUUACUCUUUGUCAAGUGGGGUGGUGAGCCAUUUGCUUUCCGGUAAAGAACUUGAUCUACCGAUGCAAGUUACCGACGAACAAAUGGAUAUAAUUCUCUUUGGCAAAACAUCCUUCAUAAUUGGGCGAUCUGGAACGGGGAAAACCACAAUUUUGACCAUGAAGUUGUUUCAAAACGAUCAUAGUUAUCGUGUUGCUUCUGAAGGGGUUAAUGAAGCAAGAAGCAACCAGAUCAAGAAUGUUGAAGAUGUUAAUGACUCCGAAGGCAGUAAACCGGGUGUUCUUCGCCAGCUAUUUGUGACAGUCAGCCCAAAGUUGUGUUAUGCUGUGAAGCAACAUGUUUCUCAACUUACAAGUAUUUCAUGUCAUGGAAACUCAUCAGCAGAGAUCAAUCUCGAGGAUGCGGAUUCUUCGUCGGAGUUCAAUGAUAUCCCAAACACAUUUGUUAACAUUCCUGUGAAGAAGUAUCCGUUAGUGUUGACAUUUCAUAAGUUUUUAAUGAUGUUGGAUGGCACUCUGGGAAGUUCGUAUUUUGAUAGAUUUCCCGAGGCAAGAAAAGGUUCUCAAUCUAGUCAUAUAAGUUCAGGAUCCGUUGUAUUGCAAACUUUUAUAAGAUUGAAUGAGGUUACAUUUGAUAGGUUUUGUUCAGAUUACUGGCCUCAUUUCAAUUCAAAUUUAAAGAAAAAACUUGACCCAUCUCAAGUAUUCACUGAAAUAAUUUCUCAUAUUAAAGGGGGUCUUCAAGCAGGCGAAUUUAGUGAUGGUAAACUGAGUUUCGAGGGUUACUCUUUAUUGGCUGAAAGUCGUUCUUCCACUUUAACCAAACAGAAACGAGAAAAUAUUUACUCUCUCUUUCAAGCCUAUGAAAAGAUGAAAACUGAACGUGGGGAAUUUGAUAUGGGCGAUCUUGUAAUUGACCUUCAUCGUCGACUUAAAUAUGUGAGGUAUGAAGGUGACCAUAUGGAUUUUGUCUACAUUGAUGAAGUUCAAGAUCUUAGCAUGAGACAAAUUUCCCUUUUUAAGUAUAUUUGCCAAAACGUUGACGAGGGUUUUAUUUUUGCUGGUGACACCGCACAAACCAUUGCAAGAGGUAUUGACUUCAGGUUUCAAGAUAUUAGGUCAUUGUUUUAUAAGGAGUUUUUAACCUCACAAAGAACGGGGAAACAAGAGAAAGGUAUCGUAUCUGAGAUUUUUCAGCUAAAACAGAACUUCAGAACUCAUGCAGGUGUUCUUGACUUAGCCCAGAGUGUCAUUGAUAUUCUGUACUGUUACUUUUCUCACUCGAUUGAUAUUUUGGAGCCUGAGACUAGUCUCAUAUCUGGGGAAGCUCCUGUUUUGCUAGAGUCUGGAAAUGAUGAAAACGCUAUCGUGACGAUCUUUGGAGGAAGUGGAAGUGGGGCAGAAGUUGUUGGUUUUGGUGCUGAACAAGUUAUUUUGGUACGUGAUGAUUCGGCGAAAACCGAGAUUUGUGAAUUUAUUGGAAAACAGGCUCUUGUUCUCACUAUCGUGGAGUGUAAAGGUCUUGAAUUUCAGGAUGUAUUACUGUAUAACUUUUUUGGGACGUCUCCUUUGAAAGACCAGUGGAGAGUUAUAUAUGAAUACAUGAAGGAACGUGACUGGCUUGAUGAGAAUCUUUAUCAGUCAUUCCCUAGUUUUUGUGAGUCAAGGCAUAGUGUAUUAUGUUCUGAAUUGAAACAACUAUAUGUGGCAAUCACCCGUACACGACAAAGGCUAUGGAUAUGCGAAAAUAAAGAAGAACUUUCUAAGCCAAUGUUUGAAUACUGGAAAAGAAGGGGACUCGUUCAGAUAAGAAAGCUUGACGAUUCAGUGGCGCAGGCAAUGCGUGUUGCAAGCAGCCCUCAAGAAUGGAGGGAGCGUGGCAAAAAGCUUUUCUAUGAGAAGAAUUUUGUGAUGGCAACUAUGUGUUUUGAAAGAGCGGGUGACACAAUGUGGGAGACUUUAGCCAAAGCUUCUGGUCUGAGGGCAUCUGGUGAUCAAAUGCGGGGAACAAAUCCUGAAGCCUUUAUAAGCUAUGUUAGAGAAGCAGCAGGAAUGUUUGAAUCUGUUGGGAAACUCGAGUCUGCUGCCUUAUGUUUUUGUGAUUUGGGGGAAUAUGAAAAAGCAGGAAAAAUCAAUCUUAAUUGUGGAAAGAUGGAUGCAGCGGCUGAAUGUUUUACUCUAGCCGGGUGCUAUAGUGAUGCAGCCGAAGCUUUUGCAAAAGGAGAUAAGCUCUCUGAGUGUCUGUCUGUUUGCAGAAAAGGGAAACUAUUUGAUAAAGGAUUCCAAUAUAUCGAACAAUGGAAAGAGCAUUGUAAUGUUCAAAGUAAAGAAUUAGAACAGAUUGAACAAGACUUCUUGGAGAGUUGUGCUUCUGAUUACCAUGAACGUAAAGAUCCUAAAUCCAUGAUGAAGUUUGUUCAUGCUUUUCGUUCGAUGGAAUCCAAACGUACGUUCUUAAAGUCAUUAGGCUGCCUUGAUGACCUUUUGAUUUUGGAAGAAGAAUCCGGUAAUUUUCUUGAUGCUGCUGAGCUUGCAAGGUCUUGGGGCGAUGUUUUAAAAGAAGCUAAUCUUUUGGAGAAAGCUGGACAUUUUAAGGAUGCAACGGUUCUGUUACUUUGGUACGUGUUCUUUAGCUCGUUGUGGGGAAACGGGAAUAAAGGUUGGCCCUUGAAGCAGUUUGCUGAGAAUGAAGAACUUUGUGAAAAAGCAAAGUCGCUUGCAAAAAUACAUUCAGAAAAUUUUAAUGAAUUUGUAUGUAGUGAGCUUGAAAUACUCUCUGAUCAGCGUAGUAGCUUGCUUGAUCUCAAAAUAAGUUUGCUUGUUUCCCAGAAAAACAAGAGUUUGAGGGGAGAAAUCUUUCUGUUUAGAAAAAUCUUGGAUUCUCAUAUUCGUUUGAAUUCUUCAAAGUAUGACUGGGAGGACGAGUUACCAGUUGAUAUAAAUAAGCACUGUGACGACAAGACUUUUCGGAACCAAGUUUCUGUUAGAACUCUGGUUUAUUACUGGAAUGCUUGGAAGGAAAAUGUCUUGGAUAUUUUUGAGGUUCUUGAAAGCUUCCACAAAGAAGGACCAAAUGAACACGAGGCUUGUGUUGAUUUUAUUUUAAAUUAUUUUGGGGUGAGGAAGCAGUGUGUAAAAGGCAAUAUUGUUUAUAUUUUGGUCAAUGAGCAUGCUGAUUGGAUAAGAAAUGAUCAAAAGAGUGUUCAAAAGGAUGGGAAGCUUCUAAUUAUGAAUACCAAGGAUUUGGUGUUUUCUAUGAGGUCUCAUUGGCAGUCUGAAUUAGUUUCUGUGGGUAUAAACGUGCUUGAUACUUUGGAAGGUUUGAAUAAGUCAAAGUCAACGGGUUCCGCAUUUCAUCGAAGCACAUCUCUUCUUCACAUGUUUGAGGUUUCCAAGUUCCUUUUAGACUGCCAGCACGUUAACCCCAAAGAUAAAAGGAAGCUGGAAAAAUUCCUAGGAGUUUCUUCAACUUAUUUUGAUUUUGUGUUUCCGUUAGACUGGCGAAGAGCAGUUUGUGUUGAUAUGAUUUCUUUAAGGGAGACCGAUCUAUCUCUCAACUUGCUUGAGGAAAUUAUUCUUCAAAACAUAAAGGGUGGCAUUAAUUAUCUGGCAAUUGGGAGGGUGAUGAUGACGUGUCUUGGUUCUAGAAAACCCGCAGCACUUUACGAGCAUAUUACUAAACGGAUUCAGUGGAAUCCCGCAUGGAAGCAAUGUUUUGAGAUAUUCAUGAAUGGUGGCCUUAAAGAUGUUUAUGAAUCUGAAUCACUGCUUCGUGCUUUGGACGAUACUUAUAGAGCCAAUUGGAGAUGUACCGGCUACAUGUCACCUCAUAGUUUUGUGUAUCUCUUGGAAAGUCUUCUUUUCAUGACAUCUUUUCAUUCAAGAACCUUUUUCACAACUAAAUCCUCAUUUGUUGGAUGGUUUACACAUAUUCACUCUCUGUCAACUUAUUCAGCACCCCAACAGAUAAUUUCAAAUGCAAUAAACUUCAUUUUUGAAGUGAUUAAACAAGUUAUCUACAAUAAAACCGAUACCAUUUCAUGGAUUGAAAAAUGGACAACUGAUUAUUCUCAUUGCCAUAGACUGUUAUCAUUGAAGCUGGUUAUGAUGCUGUCGUUAAUUUGUCUGCAAGUACCAGAUUGUUCUCAACCGCCACAUUUUUCUCAAGUACUACUUGAUUUGCUGUCGGGAGUUAAUAAUAUUGCUUAUUUGCUUCCAAAGAAGUUUGUUUAUCUUCUUUUAAGAAGAAGAAACGGUUAUUUCUUGAACUUGAAUCCAGAAUUGGUCGCAGAAGCGUUUAUGAGCAUAGAGGAUUCUCUCCUGAUCGUUUUGACGGGAAAUGCGAGCCCAAGAAUUCGUGCUUCUUCUGCUGUAUUUGUGGACCUUAGGAAAUCUAAACAGAAGAUAAUGAGUGAAUUGUUUCCAAGAAAAACGGUGCCAUGUGUUCAAAAAUCUUCAAAUGAGACAUCAUCUUCAAACACAUUACCUGAUGAUAAUCUGAAUGUGGAUCCUGUGGAAGUGCAAUUGAAUUGGCAAGUUCUUGAAGAUAUAACUGAAGCUAUAAACGGGAAGCAGGAAGUGGCACCAAACAUGUUGUCUGCUGCAGAUAUGAUAAAGAAAGCUUUGGAUCAAAAUGUAAGCACGUUAUCUACUGCGCUUGCGGACGAACAGUUCUGUGCUGGUAAAGAUGCAAGUGUUGUACGUGAAGCGAAUCUUGCAUAUGAUGAUUUAAAGCUGCUUUCUUCCGCAUUUGGCCCAAGUCAAAAAGAUGUGAAGCAUUCAGUUCUCAUUAAGAUUGUGCAAGGGGUUGCGGAAAGGCUGCGAAUUAACAGGCCAACGGUAGAUGAUUUCUUGAAGCGUCCUGUCAUGAAUGAGGAAUCGAAGAUUGAGCAAAUGGUGGUGUCAGAGAGUAGCAGCAAAACUCAUGUUGGACAAACGAGCGAGGAGAAGAAUGAUGUAAAGGGAAAAGGAGUGGCGGUUGAAAAUCAAACUGGCGGUGGUAACACUCAGGAUGGGAAAAACAAGAAAGGGAAGGGAAAGAACAAAAACAAGAAAGGUAGAAAGGGAAAGAAGUGAUAUGGAUGCAUGAUCGGCUUCAAAUUGUUUGUUUUGUUUGUGUUUCUUCCUCCUAAGAAUUUUAAGUUUUUUGUGGGUAAGUUUACAAGGACAGGAAGAUCAUGUCUUUUGAGUUUGAGAACCUCUACUUGAUGUAUAUAAUGGAAACAUGAUCAUUAAUGUUUUAACAGAAUGUUUGCUUUGGGCUAUGUAAGUAGGUCUCAAGUUUUUGGCU